AUGUUUGGCAUCCACGAGAGCAUCCAGAGGAGUGGGAGUAGUAUGAAAGAGGAGCCCAUGGUGGCCGGGAUGAACGCGGUUCGGACAUGGAUGCAGGGGGCCGGAGUGCUGGACGCCAACACGGCCGCGCAGAGCGGAGUGGGGCUCGCGCGGGCUCACUUCGAGAAGCAGCCGCCGUCCAACCUCCGCAAGUCCAACUUCUUCCACUUCGUCCUGGCUCUGUACGACAGGCAGGGGCAGCCGGUGGAAAUAGAGAGGACCACGUUCAUUGACUUUGUGGAGAAAGAAAAGGAAACGACGGGGGAAAAGACCAACAAUGGGAUCCAUUAUAGACUUCAGCUCCUCUACAGUAACGGGAUCCGGACAGAGCAGGACUUGUAUGUUCGGCUCAUUGACUCCAUGACUAAACAGGUUGUGUGUGCGUUGAUGCAUGCCAGCUCACUCUUUGAGGACCUUGACCCUCAUUUCCUCAAUGCGAUUGUUUACGAGGGCCAGGACAAAAAUCCAGAGAUGUGUCGGGUCCUGUUAACCCAUGAGAUCAUGUGCAGUCGAUGCUGUGAUAAGAAGAGCUGCGGCAACAGGAACGAGACCCCAUCAGACCCUGUCAUCAUCGACAGGAUUUGGCUGCAGAAGCCUAACCUGCGGACCUCGUAA